CAUAACACGCAAAAAUAAGUAGGAACCAAUUUUUUUUUUCAAUGGAAUAAAGGAUAUUUUCCUUAGUUAGUAGUUAUUAUUGGCUUAUGUAUUAUUAAAAAGUAAUUCCUUCGAAAUGGCUACAAGUGAUAGUGAAGAUUUUGAAAGUGCCGACGAGGGACAAAAUACACCUAUAAAAAAGGAUACAAAAGAGCGAUUAUCGUCCUCUAAUUAUACCGAAAAUAGUCGGGAAUUGGACCACAAAACAAAAAAAACACAAUCUUCAUCUACCGACACUGUGAAAAACAAAGAGGAACCUAAAUCUUCUGACGGUUGGGAUGAUUUUGAUAUUGAUGAUGAUGAAAUAUUGGUAGCACAAAACGCAGUACCCUCUAACACUCAUGUACUGCAGUCCAAUAAAAAUGAAACAAUAGACUCGAAUUACUCACAAGACAAGACAACAGAGAAAUUUGAAGAAACAAAGAGUAAAGAUACCGGUUGGGAUGAUUUUGAUGAUUGGGGACAAGAUGAUAAUACGAUUGAGGAUCCCUAUAAACCAAUUCAGACUCAGCCAACACGACAGGAAACAAAAUCAAUAUAUCCUGAUAUUCAAGAGGUUACAGAAAAGCUUGCCAACACCACGACAACCAGCACUACCGGGGGUUGGGGUUGGGGAUGGAGUGUAGACUCCAUAUUGACUACGGCAACUGCUGGUAUCAGUACACUUACCAAUCAAGUGUCUCAGGGUAUCUCAACGGUUUUAGAAACCAGUAUCGGGGCACCAGACCCUGAAGAGUUAGCGAGACAAACUGCCAAAGAAAGAGAAGCAAAGGCAAAUAGUCCUGAUGGUUUAGAAAGUAAUAUAAAUACGAAUAAUGACAAAAUCGAACCAAAAGGCACGAGUGAUGCUUUUCCAUUUAGAGGUCUUAUCUCAGAAGUGACUAAAUUUGUUGAAACUACCGGCACUAAAGUCAUAUCGGGUGGCCUAGGCACUCUGGAGACGAUUGGUAAGAAAACAAUGGAAGUUCUUCAAGAUGGAGAUCCUGGGUUGGCAAAGAAACGAGCACUACUCGGCUUAGCUCCUGACGAGAAACCGGUGCUGUCACAAAUACUGAGAGAAGCGAAAGCUAAAGCUGACGAGGAUGACAGAAUAAGAGAAGAAAAGAAGGAAGCUAAAGAAGUACACUAUGAGAAUUUGUUUGACGAUUUUGAAGGUCUAGUUCACUUGGAAGCCUUGGAGAUGCUAUCCCGGCAAGUGAACAUGAGAAUAGAAGAACGGAUGCGAGGGCUCUCGCCCGAAAAACGACAAGAUCUUAAGGAAACUUUGCAGCAGGUUGCCGAGUUAUGUGAGAUGCCCGAAGACGACGAAGACGAUAAUGACCCAUCAGAAGACACGUUCAAGUCUGAGGCUUUCCACGAGAGACUUCAGACCGCGACUCAAGAUCUCGGGCUGAAGUUACAAUUUCAGCCCAUCGUCAAACAGUACACAGAAGCGAUAGACUGGUUGUCGUCGGGCGGCGAGCUCACAGAGAAGCAAGUGUACAAGCGCGCGGUCGCGAGCCUGGCGCAGGCGACGGCGCUGUCGGUGGAACUGUACCACAAGGCCGGCGAGAUGCUGCUGGUGAAGCCGCGUCGCUCCACGGCAGACGAAGCUGACGCCCUCACUCAGAUGACCGCGGUACUGACCAAACACGUCAGUGAGUUGGCGACUCUCUUCACCGAGAAAUUGAAUGAAUUGCAAACAGAGAAUACGGAGCAAAUACAUAAUUACAUCACGAAUAUAUUUUUAGAGGCUGGCAACAGUUCGACUUACAUCCAAAACGCAUUCCAAUUAGCACUGCCUAUAUUACAAAUAGGUGCCGUGUAAAAACAGACUGUAUCUUAUAAAGAAGGUGUAAUGGAUUCAUACCCGAAAAAGAAUAUAAUUGGUAUACCGAUGUUCUUGUAUCUAAUUUGUUAUCGGAGCUUUAUAAGCUCGUUAUAAGAAGAUUAU